AACCCAACGCUUCACACAGCUUAGCAUUAGAUGCCCAAAGCUCGGAUUCCACCUCUUCAAUUACAGUGCACGUUCAAGUUGCCAAUUUUGUUUCCCUCCCAUUAGAGAACUCGCUAAACUACAAAAACCAAAACCUCUUACGAACUACAGAACAAAACUUUCUCUCUCUCCCUCCUCCGAGAAACGCACGCAAAUUAUUUAUAUUAUGGUCUUUUGGUUUCUUUGAUCCCAAGUUCGAAUGCCCAUUAUUUUAUCUGCUUAGCCUUUUUAGUGUUUCGUGUUUGUUCUUCUUCUGUCUGCAUUCAUGGUUGUUCAACUGCUGUGUAUAUAACAAACGAAAAGGAACAAUCUUUAUCUCUAUCCUUAUCCUUAAAUAUAUUUUUUUUCUCUCUUUUGUGGUUUUUUCUUCGGGUGUGCUGUGUAUCUUUGUGUGAUUUGUAAACAAGUAUUUACCGGUGAGGGCGGUACUUUGGCAAAUGGAUAAUUUUUAAAUCUCUUCAACUCGUUGGAAAAAUGGAUUUUUCUAUCUUUUGAGGGCAUUCAUCAUGGAUCUGGAAACUGGGCUUUAUCAAAAACAGUUAAAGAAAGAAUCAUGGAAAACUGUAAUAAUUUUGGCAUAUCAAAGUCUAGGAGUUGUCUAUGGAGAUUUAAGCACUUCCCCAUUGUAUGUAUACAAAAGCACAUUUGCUGAAGAUAUUCAACACUCGGAGACUAAUGAAGAGAUUUUUGGGGUUCUGUCUUUUGUGUUUUGGACUCUCACUUUGGUCCCUCUGUUAAAGUAUGUGUUUAUAGUACUAAGAGCUGAUGAUAAUGGGGAAGGAGGGACUUUUGCUUUGUACUCGUUGCUGUGUCGACACGCCCGAGUCAACUCACUGCCCAAUUGCCAAGUUGCAGAUGAGGAACUAUACGAGUACAAGAAGGACAAUAUUGGUUUGGCACCAAAUUCAAGUUUUGGGGCGAGACUGAAAUCAACUUUGGAGAAACGCAGAGUGUUGCAGAGAUUUUUGCUUGUGUUGGCUUUGAUUGGGACCUGUAUGGUGAUCGGUGAUGGCGUCUUAACCCCUGCUAUUUCUGUGUUUUCUGCAGUUUCUGGGCUUGAGCUUUCGAUGUCAAAAGAGCAUCACAAAUAUGUAGAAGUUCCAGUUGCAUGCGUCAUACUGAUAGGCUUGUUUGCCCUUCAACAUUAUGGCACCCACAGGGUUGGAUUCUUGUUCGCUCCAGUGGUUCUAACUUGGCUUCUGUGUAUCAGUGCCAUUGGGAUAUAUAAUAUCGUACACUGGAAUCCUCAUGUAUAUCAAGCAUUAUCACCAUAUUAUAUGUACAAGUUUCUGAGGAAAACUCAAAGAGGAGGUUGGAUGUCCUUGGGUGGGAUUUUACUGUGUAUAACUGGCUCAGAAGCUAUGUUCGCUGAUCUGGGACACUUUUCUCAAUUGUCAAUCCAGAUUGCUUUCACCUCUUUGGUAUAUCCAUCCUUGGUUCUUGCAUAUAUGGGGCAAGCUGCAUAUCUAUCUAAGCAUCACUUUGUUGAUAGUGAUAACCGAGUUGGAUUUUAUGUAUCUGUACCAGAUAAAUUGAGAAGUCCUGUUCUUGUCAUAGCUAUACUUGCUGCAGUAGUGGGAAGCCAAGCUAUUAUCACUGGAACUUUCUCAAUCAUCAAACAAUGCUCUGCUUUGGGUUGCUUCCCUAGGGUAAAAAUUGUCCACACCUCAUCCAAAAUCCAUGGUCAAAUCUAUAUCCCAGAGAUUAACUGGACUUUGAUGCUGUUAUGCUUGGCUGUCACUGUUGGUUUCAGAGAUACUAAACGUAUGGGAAAUGCCUCAGGUUUGGCAGUUAUAACCGUUAUGCUGGUUACCACCUGCCUAAUGUCUCUGGUAAUUGUCUUAUGCUGGCACAAGAAUGUUUUUCUUGCAAUAUGCUUUGUAUUCUUUUUUGGCACAAUUGAGGCCCUCUACUUCACUGCUUCCCUCAUAAAGUUCUUGGAAGGCGCCUGGGUCCCAAUUGCCCUUUCAUUCAUCUUCUUGAUCAUUAUGUGUGUCUGGCACUAUGGUACUCUCAAAAAGUAUGAAUUUGAUGUCCAAAACAAAGUCUCCAUCAACUGGCUGCUAGGCUUGGGUCCGAGUCUCGGUAUUGUGCGUGUCCGUGGAAUUGGUCUCAUACACACUGAGCUUGUGUCUGGAAUCCCUGCUAUCUUCUCCCACUUUGUCACCAACCUUCCAGCAUUCCACCAAGUACUAGUCUUUCUCUGCAUUAAAUCUGUUCCAGUUCCACAUGUUAGACCUGAGGAGCGUUUUUUAGUAGGUCAUAUCGGUCCAAGAGAAUAUAGGCUCUAUAGGUGCAUCGUGCGGUAUGGAUACCACGAUGUACACAAAGAUGACAUGGAGUUUGAGAAGGAUCUUGUGUGUAGCAUAGCCGAGUAUAUACGCUCAGGAAAAGUGGAACCUAGUGGUGCAUAUGACAAUGCGGGGAAGGAAGACGAUAAAAUGACAGUAGUUGGGACAUGUUCUACACAUACAGAUGGAAUCCGAUUAAGCGAAGAUGAUAAUGAUAUCAAAGAUUCAGCCAGCACAUCAGAGAUGAGAGAGAUAAGAUCACCACCAGUGAUCCACCCUAGGAAAAGAGUGAGAUUCAUCAUUCCAGAAAGCCCGCAGAUCGACCGAGGCGCUAGGGAAGAAUUGCAUGAACUAAUGGAAGCUAGAGAAGCUGGGGUUGCUUACAUUGUAGGGCACUCAUAUGUGAGAGCCAAGCAAGGAUCUAGCAUGCUGAAGAAGCUAGUAAUUAAUUACGGGUAUGAAUUCCUGAGGAGGAACAGUAGGGCGCAGGCCUAUGCGCUAAGCGUACCGCAUGCAUCUACUCUAGAGGUAGGAAUGCUCUACCAUGUUUGAAUUUUGUUAUACUUUUAUCAUGUACAGUUUGUAAUAUUGUGAAAUAGAUCAAUCACCACCUCAGUUUUUCAGGUGGGUUAUAGAGCUAUUGGUCUUGUAAAAUUUCAUUUUUAAAGCUACCAGACUUUCCAUC